AUGAUCCAUUCUACAUUCACCCAUCUUCGUCUAUCUCUAUCCAUUCGUCGCUACAGUAAACCAGCAAUAAUGUCGUUGAAGGCAAUCUCGGCCACAGAUGCCGCGUCACUUGACAAAGACCUCAUGGAGGUAGGCGGCUGGUCUCUGGACCAGUUGAUGGAGCUAGCGGGCCUCUCGGUCUCGCAAGCUGUAUGGAAAACCCAUCCCCCCAGCGCAGGCAAAAAUAUCCUAGUUGUCUGUGGACCAGGCAACAAUGGUGAGAACCAACUCCAGCCUUGCCAUUCCGAGCAACAGCAACCUGACAAAUCACCAGGAGGAGACGGUCUGGUAGCCGCUCGCCACCUAGCCCACUAUGGGUACACACCAUCGGUGUACUACCCAAAACAGGGCAAACACGAGCUCUAUCAACGCCUCAAAGUCCAACUACAGAACCUCUCAGUCCCCUUCAUAGAUGACUUCCAACAAGCCCUAAAGACAACAGACUUCCUGGUCGAUGCCAUCUUUGGCUUCUCCUUCGGCGGAGCAUUGCGGGAUCCCUUCGGUGACAUCGUCUCACAGAUCGAAUCCGCCAACGUCCAGGUGCUGAGUGUCGAUGCACCCAGCUCGUGGGAUAUCCAGGCCGGACCACCGAAGGAAGGACCUGGCGCGAAGUUCAUGCCGCAUGCGCUGGUCAGCCUUUCUGCGCCCAAGCCGUGUAUUGCGUUUUAUCGGGGCAGGCAUUUUAUCGGUGGUAGGUUUUUGACGAAGGACCUUACUGAUAAGUAUGGGCUUGAUUUGCCCAAGUAUCAGGGCGUUGAGCAGGUGUUGGAGAUUGGCGUUGAUGCAGCGGGUAGAUUGUAA